AUGGAGACGGUGGGCCCCGGCCGCAGCAGCUUCCAGCCGCACCCGGGGCUGCAGAAGACCCUGGAGCAGUUCCACCUGAGCUCCAUGAGCUCAUUGGGCGGCCCGGCCGCCUUCUCGGCGCGCUGGGCGCAGGAGAUGUACAAGAAGGAGAGCGCCAAGGAGCCCGGCGCCGCGGCCCCGGGCGCGGAGCAGCAGCAGCCCCCGCAGCCGCCGCAGCCCCCGCAGCCGCUGCAGCAGCAGCAGCAGCAGCAGCAGCAGCAGCAGCCCCCGCCGCCGCCCCCCGUGCUGCACCUGCCCCCCAUCCAGCCGCCGCCGCCCGUCAUGCCGGGCCCCUUCUUCAUGCCCUCGGACCGCUCCACCGAGCGCUGCGAGACCAUCCUGGAGGGCGAGACCAUCUCGUGCUUCGUGGUGGGCGGCGAGAAGCGCCUGUGCCUGCCGCAGAUCCUCAACUCGGUGCUGCGGGACUUCACGCUGCAGCAGAUCAACUCGGUGUGCGACGAGCUGCACAUCUACUGCUCGCGCUGCACCGCCGACCAGCUGGAGAUCCUCAAAGUCAUGGGCAUCCUGCCCUUCUCGGCGCCCUCGUGCGGGCUCAUCACCAAGACGGACGCCGAGCGCCUCUGCAACGCCCUGCUCUACGGCGGCGCCUACCCGCCGCACUGCAAGAAGGAGUUCGCCAGCGCCCUGGAGCUCGAGCUCACCGAGAAGAGCUUCAGGGUGUACCACGAGUGCUUCGGCAAGUGUAAGGGGCUGCUCGUGCCCGAGCUCUACGUGAACCCCAGCGCCGCCUGCAUCCAGUGCCUGGACUGCCGCCUCAUGUACCCCCCGCACAAGUUCGUGGUGCACUCGCACAAGGCCCUGGAGAACAGGACUUGCCACUGGGGCUUCGACUCGGCCAACUGGAGGGCCUACAUCCUCCUCAGCCAGGAUUACACUGGGAAAGAGGAGAAAGCCAGGCUGGGCCAGUGUCUGGACGACGUGAAAGAAAAGUUCGACUAUGGCAACAAAUACAAGAGGAAAGCACCCAGGGUCCCUUCUGAACCCCCAACAACCAUCAAGCCUAAAACAGAUGAUUCCUCUACACAAUCCCCUCCUUCUGAGAAGGACAAGCAGUCCAGCUGGUUACGGCUGGCAAGCUCGUCCAAUAAGAGCAUUGGCUGCAUGCAUCCCCGGCAGCGCUUGUCAGCUUUCCGACCUUGGUCCCCCGCUGUUUCUUCCAAUGAGAAAGAUCUCUCCACACACCUUCCUGCACUGAUUAGAGACAGUAGCCCCCGGCUCAUGCUUUCUCCCCCUUUCUGCAGUUUUUAUUCAUAUAAGAGUUUCGAGAAUGCUGUGGCUCCUAACGUGGCGCUAGCUCCCCCCACACAGCAGAAGAUUGUGAGCAGCCCCCCCUGCACCACCAUCGUGUCCCGGGCCCCCGAGCCCCUCACCAUGUCCAUACAGCCCCGGAAAAGAAAGCUGCCCAUGGAGAACCCUGGCGUGCCAGAGACCGUGGCCCCUGCCACUGCCCCCGAGGAGGAGAAGGAUUCCGAGGCAGACGUGGAAGUCGAGAGCAGAGAGGAAUGUAAGUUCACUUCGUCCUUGUCCUCGCUGUCCUCCCCGUCCUUUACCUCAUCCAGCUCAGCCAAGGACAUGAGCUCUCCAGGCGUGCAGGCCCCUGGAGGCGGCGGUGGUGGGGGCUCGGUCAGCGGAGGCGGCACGGUCAGCGCUUCUUUCGAGGCCGUGGCCCACGCUGAGUCCCACAGCAACGGACUGGAGGCUGAACUGGAGCAUCUGAGGCAGGCCCUGGAAAGUGGUCUGGACACUAAGGAAGCCAAAGAGAAAUUCCUUCAUGAAGUCGUGAAAAUGAGAGUGAAACAGGAAGAAAAGCUCAACGCAGCCUUGCAGGCCAAGCGCAGCCUGCACCAGGAGCUGGAGUUCCUACGAGUGGCCAAGAAGGAGAAGCUUCGAGAGGCAACGGAGGCCAAGCGCAACCUGCGGAAGGAGAUCGAGCGCUUGCGGGCGGAGAAUGAGAAGAAGAUGAGAGAGGCCAAUGAGUCCCGGCAGCGGCUCAAGAGGGAGCUGGAGCAGGCCCGGCAGGUCCGCGUGUGCGACAAGGGCUGCGAGGCCGGCCGGCUGCGGGCCAAGUACUCUGCGCAGAUCGAGGACCUGCAGGUGAAGCUUCAGCAUGCCGAGGCUGACAGGGAGCAGCUCCGGGCCGAUCUCCUGCGGGAGCGGGAGGCCCGGGAACAUUUGGAGAAAGUUGUGAAGGAGCUUCAGGAGCAGCUGUGGCCUAAACCAAGCCCUCAGGCCAGCGGCGGCCACAGAAACGAGCUGGACAGCGAGCUACCGCAUGAGCCCCGAGCCUGAGGCGCUCCCUCCGCCAGUGAUGGGCACACGCGUGUGCCCGCGUGUGUCUGACGGGACGAGCGUUUCCACACCCAGGAAACAGACUAGGGGUGCGCUGGAGGGCGCCCUUGACCCCUGGCAGCAGAAGCACUGAGUUCCUGCCUCUCCCCGUCCUAUAGCACAACAUCUUCCUGUGCCUCGAACAUCGCUGAGUGUUGACGAACAGCGCUUUUGGACGCCACCCGGCGACGUUUUCUACUGGUCAGCGAGCGCAGGGGGCUCCCCCAUUUGGUCCCCGCUUGCUGGAACACUUGGAAACGCAAACUUUUGUUAUAAGCUAUUUAAGACAGUGACAGACCUGAUAGUCCCAGAAAUGAACAAGUUUUUUAUAAGUAAAUUUUCAAAACCCACAAACACUUGGUGAUGCACAAUUUGGAUGAGUGGUUACACGGCCGCGGCCCAGGGGAGGCCCCAGCUCGCUCCCGCAGCCCUCCGCCGGCCAGGCCUGGGGAGCCCUCACGGUUUGACCUUCUCAUGUGGUUUGAUUGGGAGAUUUGAGUGAGUUUGGUUUUUGUUUUUUGUUUGUUUGUUUUUUAAGUCUUUAUUUUUAAGUGAUCAGUACCUAGUUUUCCAGCACGGAUGCUAGAAGAAGAAGAGUGUGUGGGAGAGAGAGAUGAACUGAAAAGCUGCCCAGCCUUACUGAAGACGUACGUCAUGGCUCCUGCGUCGUCACCCCGAGUCUGCAGACGGCCGCGGCUGCUGUGUUCAGAGACACCCCCCCCCCCCAUCGUGCCCCAGCACCCAGGAGGAGGAGGGGGAGGCCGGCCCGAGUCACUCUGAGGACAGUCGCUUCGUUUUUUUUACUGGAUUGCGCUACUUUGUUACAUCCCUUUCCUCAUAAAGGACAGUAUUUAUCUCCCCAUUGUUCAGGUUAUCCCUGCGCACGGCUUCCCAGUGUCCAGCGCUCCUGUCGCUGCUGUGAAUGAUCGGUGGCCAUGCCUUGCAGUAUGACCAAGGGGGCUGCUUUAAUUCUGGGAUCCACUGAGACCCCCCCACCUCUGCACCAGAACAAAAUGCAGCAUUUCAUCAUCGCUUGGUCUUGGGGCUGUUUUCUGUCUGUCUGUCUGAACUCAUCCUUAGACUGCACUUUGUUGAAAACUCCCUGUGUCUUUUUCUUCCCGCUUAUCAAUCAGCUCGAGUUGAAAGGUUUUCACUUUUAAAAUAUAUUGUACCAAUGUUCUCAAACAGAUUCUAUCCUAGCACUCAAGUGCUUAGAAAAUUUCCUUUGGUGCUUGGUUGAACAAGGGACACAUAAGAAAAUAAUAAUGAUGCAAAACCUGAAUCCUGGGGGGUCUCUGUGUGCCUUCCUGCGUCUUGUAUGUUCAACACUGACUUGUGACUUUCCCCUCUCUCCAAACCCCCAAAUACCUAUCAACAGUGUAGAGAAAUGGAAUCGACCAGUAUCAAAAGAAUUUCAUGCUUGCUUGAAAGCAUUUAUUACAGAUAAUCUCAUUGGCUUUCAACUGUUUGUGCAAAUUUAUAGAAGGUUUGUUCUGCCCAAACCUGAAAGCAGUUUUCCAUAGACAAGAGAUGGCUUCCCAUCCUAAAAUUGUAGUAUUUAUUUACAUAAAAAAUAAGAUUUUACAGGAAUUCUAUGCUAACCGCCAUGGUGACUGAGCAUUAACUGGAGGUUAAUGUGUUAGGUGCAAAAAAAAAAAAAAAUUAUCAAUAUAGGUCAGGGAAGCAACAGCUACCACCCGCUAAAUCCACAGAAAUUAGGCAGAAAAGAGCAUUGGCAGGUUUUCUCUCCCCACCCCCACCCCCAUUCUCUGAUGUUGGAGAUCCUGGUUCUGUUGAAGUGGCCCCUUCUCACGUGCAAUGCAAAAAGAACAUUGUUGAGACAGCAUUUUAUGUGGGAUCUUUUUUUGUUUCUCGUUUUGUUUGUUUUUUUGUUUUUUGCUUCUUUGUAUGUUUUUCUUUUACAGUUAUUAAAAAUUCAUAUGCAUGGAAUUUAAAAAUCUCUGCCAUAUGUAUAUUCAUUAAUGGGCAUUAUUACUGAUUUGUGUAAAGGGUUUAUUUUGUUAUGCAAUAUGCAGAAUACUGUUUCAGGCUUAGGUGUUUCCAGAUUUGUACUUUUUCAGCUAUUUCUUCAAGGGAAACUAGCAAUUGAGUUUUAGCAGCGCUUUUAGGUGUGUUAGCAUAUCUGUGUUGCUGUGCUAGGUUGCCAAGUCGAGAAAUUACACAGAGAACAAAAGGCUUUCCCGUGGGCGCGGGUUUGCUUGGAGGCGCCGUGCUCAGGGAGGGUGGCUGGGGCUUCACUUCUGCGUUCUAGACUCAGGUGUGAGUAGGUGGUCCUCCUUACCCAGCAGUGGAUAAAACCCUUUUCCCUUCCAGGUGAAUGAGCCUGGAAUACUCCUCCCCCACCCCCUGGUGGACAUCUCCCCAACAUCUCCCCUUCCACCAUUUUCUGCCAGAAAGUGCAUGUUCCACCCCUACCCCCUUACUACCCCGAGCCUUGUUUCUUGAAAAAUCAGUGAGAUCUGAACACUUUGCAGUAACUUGUCCCAAAGAGUAUGGGGUUAGAACACACCCCCCCGUCCCGGUGAUCCCAACAGUAUUGAGUUACUUGGCAUCAGAUUUUUUUUUAAGGCCAAAUUUUUCCCUUGAGAGCAUUCACACUGAUUCUGCUGGGCACAGGCUGCCCACGAAAUGCAGCUGUGCCGAUUUCCUGAUGAUCGGUUCAUAUCAGAGCUAGGAGAUGUUGAUUUUUUUCUUCUCUUCCCACCCUGCGCCCCCCAAGUUGGCAUAUGCAGCCCCUUGCAAAACCUUUUCAAAUUAAAGUUAUCGAUGAAUGGAAUUCAGUCUUAUUUCACAGAUUUGAUAGAGAACGAUGUGAACAGACUAUGGGAACAAAUUCUCCUCACCAGCAGCUCAUUGUUAGGUUGUUUUUCGGUCAAUUAACGUUCAAUUUUUUCUUUUUCCAGCGUGCACAACCCCAAAUUGGGUGACUUGUGAUUGGACCCUUCCCCCCCUUCAUUUUAUUUUGUUUGAUAAUAGUAGAAUCACUUGGAACUGACUGGCAUGUGUCUGUGCGCGAGCCCCUUGCCACACAAAUGAGAGGCCCUUUGCCAGAUUUUGUAGCUGCUUAAAGUACAUGUUUCUAAUCCUAGGCCGUGUAGGAGCAGCUAACUCCUGCUGCACUGGCAGCCUUGGAAGAGGAGGAGGAGGAGGGAGGAAUUGGUUCCCGGUGUGAUUUCUGUGUAUAAAGCAUUUUUAUACUGCAGCCAAACGAGGUCGCUUAGAGACAGAACUGCUCAUAGUUUUACUCCAUUAAUGCAGCUGCAGCUUAGUUUUCUUUAAGAAGAAGGGAGAAGAGGUGUCUUGUAGGCUGUUGACUCUCCCUAUACUUAAAUAUAUUACCUAGAUAAUUGUAUAUUCAGUUUAAUUACUCAUUGUUUCUAUACUGAAAGAAGACUUAACGAAGGGAAAAAACCAACAGCAAUAACAUUCAUAUCUAUGGAGCAGCUAACUAGUACACAUAAUAUUCUGCUUUUCAUACAAAACUAGCCAAUAUGUAAAAAAAAACAACAAAAAUAACAAAAAAAAUCAACAUGUAAAUACUUUUUUUUUUUCAUUUUACACUGUUGUAUUAUAAGUGUAUAUGGUGGUUACUUUUUCAGAAACUCUUUCUUACUUGGUAGUCGUCUUGUUUUCUGAGUUGUGUUUUUAACAAAAAAAAAUUCUUUGCUUGUCUGUUGGGGGGUUUGGAAAACACUUUUGGCAAGUUUUCAAUGUGGGUUAUCAUUUUCCAUCUUAAGUUUUGGGUCCUUAUUUUCAUGGUAAAAUAUUUUAUUAUUAAAGGUUAAAUUCUCUUCUCCUCCCCCCCCAAAAGUCCACAUGUUUUUGAGGGAGGUUUUUUUGUUUGUCAGAAGUUAUAAAUGACAUUUUUUUUCAAUUGAGGAAAAAAAAAUCUACAUUUAUAAUAGCCAAGAGCAUUUCAGCACAUUUCUGUUCUCCUGUUUUCUCCUAUGCUGCUGCUAAUGACAAUAUUAUGACUUACUCUACUAUUCAAGAACUAUUUUUAUGUAAUUAAUGUAUGCUUUCUUGUUUAUAAAUGCCUGAUUUUAAAAAACGAAAAAAAAGAAAGAAAAAAGCUUGGCAUAUUUAUCUAUCUCGCUGUCUACCUUGUUGGUCCUUCCCCCCCCCCCCCCCCCGAAACAGAUAAUAUUGUAAAAUAAAGGCCUCUAUGAGAAUAUGUAUGAAAAUAGCUCUGCUUAUAUACCAGUGACUGAAUGUACAGUGUAUAGACGCAUUACCUAAAAUAAACAAAAGUGUUUGGUUCAACUAUUUCCACA